AUGGGCGCCUACGUCUCCAGCGCUAACUGUGCGGCUCGUCAUGGGAUCACUCCCAACUGUAACGUAGUCCUCUCGGAGGACAACACGACGGCCGUCUCCCUCGGAGGCAUCGAGAUGGGACAAUUCCCCGGUGACCCCGAUAUUGCCGGCGCCGGUGUGCUUGGGGCGUUUCUCUGCGUUACCGUGGCGUCGCUCCUGCUCUCCAUCGCCAGCUCAGCGUGGUGGUCCGCCAAAAACAUCUUCGGAGUUGUGAACCGGCUUACCAGAGAAGAGAAGGCCAUAAAGAACUGGCAAAUCUCCAUUGCCGGCAUUGUCGAGGCCCUGGUCAUUACUUGCAGCGACCAGCAGGUCUUCACGGGCGGCGCCUACGCCAUCACUCUACGCUACGCCAAAGCCUGCUCCAUCUCGGCAUACCAUUACAACAUCGUAGCCAACAUUCUCCUCGUCACCUGCGCCACCCAUCUAAUGGCCGUGACCGUGGCCCGACACUACUGGCAGCACCCCUACGUCGGCGUCCUCCGAAUUACAGUCACGACCCUCGUUUUCGUCAUCACUGGCGUUCUGUUAUCGAACCAAGGGUCAGGGUCAUUGGGAUUUCCUACCGAAAUACCGUCAUACACGGACCAGUACAGCCCGAUGCUGUUGCCGGCCGCCUGCUUCCAGACGGGGGAUUAUACGUUUGAUAAGGAGAUCAAGAAGGCGGUCAAAGCCGGCUCGGCCACGGCCUUCUUCACAGGGCAGAUCCACGGGUGGACCAACUACCUGAUCAUGUUUCUGUUUUAUCUCAUUGCCGUGGGUGUGAGCUUGGGACGGGUAAUCCGCCGAGGGAUGGGCCGCAACGGCAGGAGGAAGAGGUUCGUGGCGGGGUUGAAGAAAGUGUUUCCGUUCCUCUUCGUCAUCAAGCGGUUCUUUUACGCCAUCUUUGGGCUCUACCUGUUGGCGGGAAUUGCCCUUUCUAGUUGGACGGUGGCAAACGCAGCGAUCUAUGUCCUUCGUCUACGCUCAUGGGUGGACAGGUCUGGAUGGAUACAAUUGAGCAACAACGGGAACCCAGAAAACGACCCUUCCACUUUCGGCCAGCUCGUCCCAGUCCUGCUGAUGUCUCUCACGAGAGGAUCCACGCUCGCAAACGACGGGCCCAGACGUCUCGAGAACGCCUGCCGUUGCCACAGUGCCUGCAACCACCGGCGCGACUCCGAUCUCAACUCCCACUCGCCCUCCCGCUCGCCCUCUCCCUCCACUCGCACGCAUUACUCCACCAUCUCUACCGCCAACGCCUGUUCUAUGCACGAAUGCGACGGUAGCCGCAGCGAUGGCAGACAUGAUGGGUUGUACGACUACCCAUACAACAACGACAAGCACAAGACUGAGCCGGUGGUGGGGAUUAGGCAGGUGGAGGAGGAGGAGGAGGAGGCGGAGCCGGUAAAUAUCGACAUCGAUGAUGGGCCAAACCGCGGACAUGACCAUCCUCCGACAUACGGGCAGACAUAUGGCGGGCACGGGUUUGGCCCAGUUGAGAGGUCUAGUGUUGAUAUCGGCAUCAGUGGGGAUCAAAGGAGAUGGACCACCCCUGCUGGGGGUAUGUGCUACGCCGAGGUCGCUGUCGUGACAUCGCCUUUCGCGAACCUCACUCCCAUCUAUGAGGUCGAUCCGGAUGCUGAUGUCUUGCUGAUUGUGUCCGGGACGCCAUCCAACCAGGCUUUGACACCGCAGGAUGGGCUCGGAAUACGUCUUAACGGUCCCAAUGAGCAAGACAAUUCCCGGCAUGUCACGUCUACCGCUCAAUCGGGCCUGCGCAUCAAGGUUUCUUCAAGGCACCUCGCCCUUGCUUCCCGUGUUUUCAAAAACAAGCUGCAUUUCGGCAUCGCAAAGGGUGCGCGGCAGUCAGAUGGCCGAUGUCCAAGGCCAUGGACAUACGAAACACUGGCCCAAAUCGCCCUCGUCGUCGACCGCUUCCAGCUCUACGACGCGGUGGAGGUGUACGCCGACAGGUGGAUCACUAACCUCGAGACCAGCCAGCCAGACACGGUCGACAACGACCCCAUCCCCUGGAUCUACAUCAGCCACAUCUUCCGGCACGCCGCCAUCUUCAAAGCCGCCACCAAGCUCGCCGCCGCCCGCUCCACCGGCCCAAUCCCGACCUACGGCCUGCUCAUCUGCGAGAAGAUCAUCCAAAACAUCAACACAACCCGCACCGCCCUGCUCACCCGCACCCUCACCCACCUGCACACCACCCUCGACACCCUCGCCUCCACCCCCACCCCCUCCCCAUCCCAAUCUGCACCAUCAUCAUCCCCACCAACAGCCUCAACAACCAACGCGCAACUCCUCGGCGAACUCAUCCAAGCCCUACACCCGCACCGCCUCGUCUGGCCGCGCCCCACCGCCCCCUUCCCCGGCGUGUCCUUCACCACCGUGGCCGCCGCCGUCGAGGGCGGGUUGGCGGGGCAUCGGCGGCGGGAGCGGGAGCAGAAGCGGGAGAAGGAGCGCGCGGCGAGGCUGGCGGUGGAGGUGGAGCCGUGGUAUAUGAGGAAGGCGUCGGCGGCGGGUUCAGGUUCGGUGAAGGGAGGGGAUGGGCUUUGGAGUGGGGGUGCGGAGGGCGCGCGGCCGGGGUGGGGCGUUGUGGGGGGGAUUCAGCUGCCGAUUACGCCGGCGGCAUCGCCGGAGCCGGUUUAUGCUGCGGGGGGGAGGGGGUUUGAGGGGGGGGUUGGGAAGGGGGGUGGGGAUGGGGAUGGUGGUGGUGAGGUGAGGGAGGUUGUGCUUGGGUUGGUGGGGCUGGCGAGGUUUGGGGAUGAGGUGAAUGGGCUGGUGUUGGAGGGCAAGCUGGGGUAUUUGUUGUAUUAG